AAUGAUCUUAUACCCCCCGUACGCUCUGUUAUUCNUUGAUCUAAUUGGAGAGCAUGACCCUAUCCACGUAUCAUAUGUAGCGACUGCAAUAUCUGUGUUUAUCUAUCUGGGAAUUCCCCUCGUUGCUGGAGUUGUCACUAGAUAUACUGUCUGGGCGCUGAAAGGCAAAGAAUUUAUGAACGGAACAUUCAUCCCGUCCAUUGCGCCCAUCGCUCUUCUCGGUUUACUCUAUGCCAUUCUCGUUCUGUCCGCAUACCAAGCGCAUCGCGUCAUCCGCGACAUUGCUCCCCUCAUCCGCGUACUCCUCCCUUUGGCCUUGUAUUCCGUGAUCAUGUUUGCGUGCACACUAGUCAUGAUGUUCUCUCUCUCAAAACGAGAGGGUAACGGAAACCGUCGCUUUGCGUACGAUGUGGCAGUUGUUCAAGCGUUCACCGUUUCUAGCAAUAACUUUGGCUCUGCCAUCGGUAUCGCCAUUGCAAUGUAUGGUAUUAAUUCAGAGGAAGCUCUCCCUGCCAUGAUCGCGCCUCUCGCUGAUAUUCCCGUGCUCCUUGCGUUGACGUGGCUAGCCCCAUACGUUAAGAAAAAGGUCCAAUGGGGGACACUCGAAUCCGUAUCUGAUCGUAGGAAGAGUAGAUUCGAGUUGAGGGUCAGAUUGGAUUUCCAUCAGUAUACCGACGAACAGCAUGAUACGACGGUGAAGAAGGACUCGGAAAGCCUCUUUUCGACCGCCAAGUCAUUGACUAGACUUUCCCUACCAGGAUGUACUGUUUAA